GGAGGAUAGCUGACAGCCUGCAUAUAUGGUUUCACCACAAAGACUAUAUCUCUUGCAAAUCGUUACAAGGAAAUCUCACUCUCUGGCAAAUGCCCUUGUUAACAAGUCACAAGAGUCUAUCUGCGAUGCACACCAAGUGUUCGACGGAAUUACUGACUUGAAUGUCGUUUCUGGCACAGCAGUGAUUGGCCGUUUUGUGAAGCAGGACAGCCAUGUAGAGGCAAUCCAUGCUUUCAAAAGGUUGUUGUAUCUGGGAAUCAAACCUAACGAGUUCACCUUCGGCACAGUCAUUGGGUCCUCUACAUCUUCGAGAGAUGUUAAAUUAGGCAAGCAGCUACAUGGUUUUGCAUUAAAGAUGGGACUCGCUUCGAAUGUGUUUGUGGGUAGUGCGGUUCUGAACUGUUACGUGAAGCUGAGCACGUUGAUGGAUGCUCGUACAAGCUUUGAUGAUACUAGAGACCCAAACGUUGUUUCUAUUACCAAUUUGAUAAGUGGGUAUCUGAAGAAACAUGAAUUUAAGGAAGCCCUUUCCUUGUUUAGAACAAUGCCAGAGAGAAGUGUUGUUACUUGGAACGCAGUGAUUGGUGGGUUUAGCCAGACGGGACGGAACGAAGAAGCUGUGCGUACUUUUGUGGAUAUGUUAAGGGAAGGUGUGGUGAUGCCUAAUGAAUCAACCUUCCCUUGUACUAUAACAGCCAUAUCCAAUAUAGCUUCUCAUGGCGUUGGUAAAAGUAUCCACGCCUGUGCUAUCAAGUUCUUGGGUCAACAGUAUAAUGUCUUUGUUUGGAAUUCUCUCAUUAGUUUCUACUCCAAAUGUGGAAACAUGGAGGAUAGUCUUUUGGCUUUCAACAAGCUCCGUGUACAAGAAAGGAACAUCGUAUCUUGGAACUCUAUGAUAUGGGGUUAUGCGCACAAUGGAAGAGGAGAAGAAGCUAUAACCAUGUUUGAGAAAAUGAUCAAAGACACAAACCUGAAACCCAACAGUGUAACACUUCUUGGACUGUUAUUUGCGUGCAACCACACGGGCCUAGUCCAGGAAGGGUACUCAUAUUUUAACAAAGCAGUGAAUGAUUAUGAUAAUCCAAACCUGCUACAACCUGAGCACUAUGCAUGUAUGGUGGAUAUGCUCUCUAGGUCAGGUCAUUUCGAAGAAGCAGAGAAGCUUAUUAAAAGUCUGCCUCUUGAUCCGGGAAUCGGGUUUUGGAAGGCAUUGCUUGGGGGAUGCAAGAUUCACUCAAACAAGCGUCUGGCUAAAUUAGCUGCCUCUAAGAUCUUGGAGAUGGAUCCUAGAGAUGUUUCGUCGUACGUUAUGCUUUCAAAUGCUUACUCUGCUGUGGAGAAGUGGCAGAAUGUGUCGGAGAUACGGAGGAAGAUUAAAGAAAUGGGUUUAAAGCGUAUCUCAGGAUGUAGUUGGAUUGAACUUAGAGGCCGAAGUUGUGUCUUUGUCAAUGCUGACAAAAACAACAAAGAGAAGGGUGAAGUCUAUAGGGUGUUGUCACUUAUUACGCAACAUCUUAUGGAAGACUUGUGAAGACUUCAAAAAUUC